GUAAACAGCAAUUGUGUUGAAGAACGCUUCGGAAAUGCUUCUAAACAUCACGACUUUUCCUUGUUGUCUACGUUUGAGUUUUACACGCAUGCGCGCUCAAUUCUAAAUACAAGUAGUAACGACACACGGUUAGUUGCCAAGUGCGCCAAUUUUGAGGCCAAAACAAGUAGUCUGUCAAUGUUUUUAUUUGAUGUUCAGGUUUAUUUCACCUUUGUCGAUUGUUGAAUUCAUGUACACAUAACGGAAGCGAAACCUUUACAGAGAAAGAGAGCUUGUAAAUUACAGUUCGUCUACCUCGACUUCGUUUGUAACAGAUAGAUUUGUGUCCAAAUUGCAUUGUCAAGCAAAGCAAAUAUAUGUUGACAUCCUUCAUAUGUUCGUGAGAGCCCCCUGCCUGACAUUGGUCUGGAACUGUUUCAAGUUUUGCUGUAAAGCUAUAUUUACAUUUGUCGCUGACAGUGAGUGUCCAGAUGGUGCGUCUUGCAACUCAUUCAAAAACAAUUAUUUCCUCACCCUUAGAAUUUCCUAAUCUCUGUUUAUAAGCACCAGAUGUGUCAUCUACUGUAUCACAUUCAACCACACUCCCUCUGAUAAAUCUCUGUUCUUCCUUUUCCAGAUAGUUGGCAAGGGUCACUGCCACAACCAGACCAUACUGUCAACCCAAACAAAUGCGAAUGUUAUCUGCCAUUGGAAAAAACAAUUCUCAUUUAAUUCAAGUCUCUUUGCUGGGAGUGUGUUGAGCUGAUGGGUUCCUCUGCUGCGAUGACUGACUCCUGGUAGACCACCAUGCUCUGUCUUGAGAAUAACCCUGUAACUGUGACCUCUGUCAAAUGCCAGUGUGAGUCAAGUGGAGAGGACUCGCUGAAGUCCAGCUGGAUCAAGCCAUGGAGCAGUGUCGGACCCCACCUGAAGCGUUGGCCCAGCUGGGUGAUCAGCUCAUGCCGCUGGGACACGAGGAGAAAGAGUGUGGCGUGUCAGAAACCUCCAUGUGUAGGAUUUGCCAUGAAGGCGACCUCCAUGAGGAGCUGCUGUCCCCCUGCCAGUGUCUGGGAAGCCUGGCCACCGUCCAUCGCUCCUGCCUGGAACACUGGCUGUCCUCCUCUGGAACCAGCCUGUGCGAGCUCUGCCAACACCAGUUCACUGUGAAGAAGCGGCAGCGGCCACUGCUGGAGUGGCUGCAGAGCGCCAAUGCUGGACAGGAGAAACACACGCUCUUUGGUGACAUUUUGUGUUUCCUGGUCAUUACGCCACUGGCCACAGUGACCAGCUGGCUCUGUCUGCGUGGAGCCAUUGAUCAUUAUUACUUCUCCAGCUGGCUCGAGUCUGUCGGGCUCAUCCUGCUCACCAUCGCCCUCUUCGCUAUUUACAUCUUUUGGAACUUGGUGUCUGUCAGGCAUCACUAUCGACUCUAUAAGGAGUGGCAGCAGUCAAAUCCCAUGGUGGUGGUCCUCCUGCCCAGCGACCACAGGAGGGCAUCCGAGCCGCAGGCUCGACAAGUCUGCCCCGCCAGGAAACAACCAUCCAAAGAGUCCAUUGUUUGAAGGAGACACACCGUCACGUCUCCUUGUCUGAACCCCAGGCCUCCCACAGUGUUUGCUAUUUAUUGGUUGUGUAUUUUCACCAGAGAAUACCUGUGAUAUAUAUUUUUUUCUUUGUGUGCAUUUUCAAUAAACGGUUAA